UCAACGUGUCCACUAGCUUGCCCUUUGCAAUGGCGAGCAGGAGACGCCUUGGAUUUCCUUUGCACAGCUCGGUCGCCUUGGUGGCCUUGGUGGCCUUGGCACUGGGAUGCUUCGCAUCCAGGGUUUUCGUUCAGGCUUUCGGGAGUCGGCGGGAUCGAGCCCGUGUUUUCCGAAGGGCCGAAGAGGCGGCAGAGGAAGAACAGGACACAACGAACCUCGAGCUCUUCCGACAGUCCCUCAUUCAAGGAUGGGGCGCUGGAGAGAUUGGACGCUCAUCAGAUUCAGCUGACUGGGCGGAGCUUGUAGAGCCGGCAGCCGUUCGGGCUGGAGACAUUUUGCUAGGAGAUCCUGCCAGGUUCUUCAGUGAACAAACUUCGCCGGCGUUUCGACGGAUCGGAUUACAGGGUGGUAUACCAGCUGACUACCCACGGCGUGAGCGCCUGCGCUAUUUGCCGGUCCUUCUCCUCACGGAAGUAGACAAGGAUGCUGGGACGGCGAAAGGAGUCUGGUUGACCUUGCGCACUGGUCAGCUUCUAGGCGACUUCAUCAAUUUUUUCCAUAGCAGGCCCUUGCUGUACGGGGGCCCAACACAAUCAAACAGUGUAACUAUGGUACAUCCUUACCCGGAGGUGCCAGGAAGCAAAUUGCUUUCCGAAGGCCUUUACGUGGGCGGAUCCUUUGAAGGUGCACAGGCCUGGGUGGAAGAAGGUGAAGGUUCCUCUUUGCGAAUCCGCUUCUUCCUGAACCAUAUCCAAUGGCGACAAGGUGAACUGGCUGCUGAACUUGCACCUGGUGAGAAUACCUGGUUGCCAGUGAGAUGUUCAGUGGAUGUGGUCCUCUCAGAGACCGACGAGAUUGAUGCAAAGCCCCUGUGGGUAAAGGUGGCAGAACUGGCAGGUGGGAAGCUUGAAGAGCUAGGACGGGCUCAUGAUUUGAUGUGAAUCCUGACCGCCACAAGAUGCACAGGAUUAAAAGGAUC